GUCAACCCCAGUCGGCUGCCGGUGGUGGUCCGGGGCNCGACCUGGUGCUGUACCUGUACCGGAACAACCUCUCGAAGUACAUUGAGAUCUACGUGCAGAAGGUCAACCCCAGUCGGCUGCCGGUGGUGGUCCGGGGCCUGCUGGACGUGGACUGCAGCGAGGACGUCAUCAAGCAGCUGAUCAUGGUGGUGAAGGGGCAGUUCAGCACCGACGAGCUGGUGGAGGAGGUGGAGAAGCGAAACCGCCUGAAGCUCCUUCUCCCCUGGCUGGAGACGCGCAUCCACGAUGGGGUGAACGAGCCGGCCACCCACAAUGCCCUCGCCAAGAUCUACAUUGACUCGAACAACAAUGCGGAGCGCUUUCUGAAGGAGAACCAGUUCUACGACAGUCGCGUGGUGGGCAAGUACUGCGAGAAGCGCGACCCGCACCUCGCCUGCAUUGCCUAUGAGCGGGGCCAAUGUGACAAGGAGCUGAUUAAUGUUUGCAAUGAAAAUUCCCUCUUUAAGAGUGAGGCUCGCUAUCUGGUGAAGCGCCGCGACGGCGACCUCUGGGUGGAGGUGCUGCAGGAGUCGAAUCCCUAUCGGCGGCAGCUGAUUGAUCAGGUCGUCCAGACGGCGCUCUCCGAGACGCAGGACCCCGAGGACAUCAGCGUCACGGUGAAGGCCUUCAUGGCGGCGAACCUGCCCAACGAGCUGAUUGAGCUCCUCGAGAAGAUCGUCCUCGACAACUCCGUCUUCAGCGACCACCGCAACCUGCAGAAUCUGCUCAUUCUGACGGCGAUCAAGGCGGACCGGACCCGGGUCAUGGAGUACAUCAACCGGCUGGACAACUACGACGCGCCCGACAUCGCCAACAUCGCCAUCACCUCGGAGCUGUACGAGGAGGCCUUUGCCAUCUUCAAGAAGUUCGAGGUGAACGCCUCGGCGAUUCAGGUCCUCAUUGAGCACAUCAAGAACCUCGACCGCGCCUACGAGUUUGCCGAGCGGUGCAACGAGCCGGCGGUGUGGACGCUGCUGGCGAAGGCGCAGCUGGCGGAGAAUCUGGUGAAGGAGGCGAUUGACUCCUUCAUCAAGGCCGGCGAGCCGGGCGUGUACAUGGACGUGGUGGCCACCGCGCACCGCACCAACAGCUGGGAGGACCUGGUGCGCUUUCUGCAGAUGGCGCGGAAGAAGGCCCGCGAGCCGUACAUUGAGUCGGAGCUCAUUUACGCCUAUGCGAAGACCAACCGCCUGACGGACCUGGAGGAGUUUAUCAGCAGUCCGAACCACGCGGAUAUCAGCAAGAUUGGCGACCGCUGCUUUGAGGACAAGCUCUACGAGCCGGCGCGGAUCCUGUACGACAAUGUGGCGAACUAUGGCCGCCUGGCGAUUACCCUCGUCCACCUGGAGCAGUUUCAGGGGGCGGUCGACUCGGCGCGGAAGGCGAACAGCACCCGUACCUGGAAGGAGGUGUGCUUUGCCUGCGUGGAGCACGGCGAGUUUCGCCUGGCGCAGAUGUGCGGCCUGAACAUUGUGGUGCACGCCGAUGAGCUGGAGGACCUGAUUAACUUUUACCAGGGACGAGGGUACUUUGAGGAGUUGAUUGCGCUGCUGGAGGCAGGGUUGGGCCUGGAACGGGCCCACAUGGGCAUGUUCACCGAGCUGGCCAUCCUCUACUCGAAGUACAAGGCCUCGAAGAUGCGCGAGCACCUGGAGCUCUUCUGGAGCCGCGUCAACAUUCCCAAGGUGCUGCGCGCCGCCGAGUCGGCCCACCUCUGGGCGGAGCUGGUCUUCUUCUACAACAAGUACGAGGAGUUCGACAAUGCCAUCCUCACCAUGAUGACCCACCCGACGGAGGCGUGGCGCGAGGGCCACUUCAAGGACAUGAUCACCAAGGUGGCCAAUGUGGAGCUGUACUACCGGGCGGUGCAGUUCUACCUCGACUACAAGCCGCUGCUCCUCAAUGACCUGCUGCUGGUGCUGGCCCCUCGAAUGGAUCACACCCGAGCGGUGACCUUCUUUACCAAGGGCAACCACCUCGCCCUCGUCAAGACCUACCUGCGCUCGGUGCAGAGCUCCAACAACAAGGCCAUCAACGAGGCCCUCAACGACCUCUUCAUCGAGGAGGAGGACUUCACGGCGCUGCGCGCCUCCAUUGACGCCUACGACAACUUCGACACCAUUGCCCUCGCCCAGCGCCUCGAAAAGCACGAGCUGAUUGAGUUCCGGCGCAUCGCCGCCUACCUCUACAAGGGCAACAACCGCUGGAAGCAGUCGGUGGAGCUGUGCAAGAAGGACGGCCUCUACAAGGACGCCAUGGAGUUCACCGCCGAGUCGAAGCAGCAGGAGCUGGCGGAGGACCUCCUCCACUGGUUCAUCGACCGGGGCAACCACGCCUGCUUCGCCGCCAUGCUCUACCAGUGCUACGACCUCCUCCGGCCGGACGUGGUGAUGGAGUACAGCUGGCGGUACGGGCUGAUGCAGUACGCCAUGCCCUACAUGAUCCAGGUGGUCCGGGAGUACACCGCCAAGACGGACGAGCUGAAGGAGGUGGUGGAGACGAAGCUGGAGGAGAGCGUCCAGAAUGAGCAGAAGCAGGCGUCCAUUGUCUACACCGCCGACCCGCAGCUGAUGCUGACGGCGCCGCCGGGCAUGAUUGGCUCG